AUGAAGGAGGAAAUUGCUGCCGCUGUGUUCUUUUUGGCUCGGCUGGUGAAGAGAUACGGAUGUCUGGACAAUGAUAGCAGAGAGCGCUUUGCUGCUUCCCUCACCUCCCUUCUGUUUGAGAACUACAAGAACCACUGGCACCCAAGUGCACCCGCCAGGGGUCAGGCCUACAGGUGUCUGCGUAUGAACCGUGUUCGGCUGCAGGACCCGGUGCUGGAGCAGGCCUGCGAGCGGAGCGGGGUGAGGUACGAGGACCUGGGCCUGCCCCAGGAGCUGACAGUGUGGGUCGACCCUGGAGAGGUGUCCUGCAGGUAUGGUGAACGCAGCAGUCCAUUCUGCGUCUCAGUGGUGGACAACUGUCGGCGCGGUGAUGGGGAAUUGUCCCGCCGCAUCCAUGAAGCUGUGGAACGGGCGAGUCUCGAGGUCCCAUCAGGAAGCUCAUCAGAUGAGGAUGAAGACGGAGGCGGAGACAACAGCAUGAGCACGAGUACCAGCAGCAGCAGCCUUUCAACCCUCUGCCCUCCUCAAAUCCCACCCAUGAACAGUGAACCCCAAACCAUUCCGACUGUUAGCAACCCCAACAGUGUUUACAGGUUCAGCGAGUUCUCUCCAGGUGCCCCUCAGACCUGGCUGAGGGAGAAGCGGAAAGGCUUUCCAGGAGACAUGUUCCCACCUCAUGGCGCUCCUGCUGGAGCCCACUUCUCAAGCCAGAAAGGCUUCAGAUCCUAUCGAGCCACGUUCACCUUCACUGGACCUCGAGUUGACAAGUACCACUGGGUCAGCAAAUCGCGAUCCUAG